AUGAGCCUUUUUGGCCAGCAACAGCCGUUGUUCCAGCCAAUGCCUUCUACACAUACCCUUGGACCCCCUCCACAGACCCUCAGGCCCUCUACACCAGUGGUAGUGGCCCCGGACCCCCUCCUUUUCCCCCUCUACAGCCCUCUGUCUGCCAAACCACCCGCUCACCUCCAGCUGAUGCAGGGCCUCCCUUGCCCCGUCCCACCUCCAACUGCCCAGAUGGCCCUCAGCACCAAGCCCCAGGAGGAAGAGGCUCAGAUCGGGGCCACAGACCAGGACGCUACCUUGGAUGAGCUGUGUAAGCCUCUGUACUGCAAACUGUGCAACGUCACCCUCAACUCUGCCCAGCAGGCACAGGCCCACUACCAGGGUAAAAACCACAGUAAGAAGCUGAGAAAUUUUUAUGCAGGCAGCCAGCAGCUGCCUGCCAUCAGGAUUCCGGAGGUAAUAGAACCAGUUUCCCAGCAACCCCUCACGACUCCACCAACUGAGAGUGCAACUCCAAAACAGGUAACCAGGGUGAUCUUAGCCACGGAGAACGACUACUGCAAGCUGUGUGACGCCUCGUUCAGCUCACCUGCCGUGGCUCAGGCACACUACCAGGGCAAGAACCAUGCCAAGAGACUGCGGCUGGCUGAGGCCCAGCAGAGCAGUAGCAUCAUAGAGUCGACUGAGUGUGUCCAGAGGCGUCCGAAGAAAGAGGGGAGCGAGUACAAGUUGAUCAAGAACCGCAGGACCUCACAGGUGCCCCCUGCCAUGCCAGCCCCCUACUACAACCCACGGCCCAGGCAGAGGAUCCCCAGAGACCUGGCCAUGUGUGUGACGCCCAGCGGCCAGUUCUACUGCUCCAUGUGCAAUUCUGGGGCCAGCGAGGAGGCCGACUUCCGCCUUCACCUGGAGAGCAAGCAGCACAAGAGCAAGGUGUCGGAGCAGCGCUACCGCAGCGAGAUGGAGAAUCUGGGCUACACUUAG